CUUUUGAACGUGUUCGGUCACGUGGAGCGAGCGUGCGUGAAAAGCUUGCUGGAAAGCUGGCAGGGUGUCGCUUUGCCCGAAACCACGCUCUUCCGAAUUCUGCUGAUAGGGAAAUUCUUGUCGGUGAAAGAGUGCGACUUCUACGGAUUCCUGGCGAUCGCAUGCGGAUUCCUCGGCAAGACGUGGCGGCGUCGGUGGAGGUUCACUUCGAGAACAAGGACGGCGGAUUUUUCCUGAAACACAUACCGAGGCAGUACUAUCCGGUCCGUGGUGACACAAUCUCAGCGAUAUCACCGUCAACGGGAACACUGUCCAAUGGGAUGCCGUCUCCGCCUCCAGGCUCCGUCCUCUCCAGAGACAAAUUCACAGUUUUUCAAACCAGCGAGCCAGUGUCCGUUCGAGCGACCUACGGCCCAUUUAGCACCAAGCAGACCGUGCCAGCUCGCUAUAUAGUCCCAGACCCGUUGGACGCUUUACCUGGCCCGGAAACCAGGCGAAACCUAACAGCGGCGACGAUACUGGACGCGCAGGAGCUCGGCGCGCGUCAUCUGGACAUGUCCGCUCAUCUGGUUGGGAACAGCGUGCCUCGUGACUCGCCGGUGCUCAGAGUGCUCUUUCACGCCGGAAGCGAGGCAGGCGGAAGGCGUCAGUUGCUGCUCGCUCGACACCAGCGAGUCUGCGUGGUGUUGCACGCGAGCCUGGCUGCUCCGUCGAGAAGCACCGCUGCUAGCAGAAGCAACAGCAACAACAACAACGGCAGAUCCUACUCCUCUUCCUCGUCGUCGUCUUCUUCUUCUUCUUCUUCCUCCUCUUCCUCCUCUUCCUCGUCUUCGUCCGCUUCCGCGCUGACAGCCGCGUGCAGCCCCGACGGGGAGAACGGCGUCUGUUUGGCGCAGAUCACCAUACCUGCCGAUUGGUGGGCACCGUUACCUCCACCGGACGCUUCCGGCCGGGUCAAGGUCACCAAGAGCCUGCCAAGGCUCGUGCAGGUCGCUUACUCGGUGCUCGAGCCACGAACAGAGGAGACUGGUGGCUCCGCUGACAACACUGGGGCUGGCUUCUGCAGGCCGAGAGUCCAGAUUCAGCCCGUCACGCCGCUCGGUCAGGUGCCUCUGGCACCGAAUCGGGCCGAUUACAAGGAGCUGAAGGCCGAUGAUUCGCUUACUCUACUGGUUCCUCAUGGACCUCUUUACCCGAGGUCUCGGCUACACGUUCCAGCAUUCUUGCAUCCGUCCAAGGUUACCGAUCCUAGGCAGGAUAGGCCGCCCGUCGUCAUUGCUGUCUAUCUCAGAGAGGAGGUUGAAAUCACAGCAAGAAGAUGAAUGGUUCAAGAUACUUGUAACUUAAAAUUAUCGAUGGAAAAAUCAAUUCUCUGUCACUUUCAGUAAUUUUACAAGCGUUUCUUCUUGUUGAGAAAGAUGAAUGGAUUCGAGAACAAAUAAAUCUGUACGCAUCAUCUAGAGAUGAAAAUGGAAAUUUUUGCCAUACAUGCUAUAUUAACUAAUCAGUAUGCGAAUGUAGCUCUUCAACGUUCUUUCGAUAUCGUGGCGUACGUUAGCAGUGUGUUUCUUUCUUUAUUU